GACUACGAGGUGCUGCUCACCAUCGGCGCCGGCUCCUACGGGAAGUGCCGCAAGGUGCGCCGCAAGGCCGACGGCAAGAUCUUGGUAUGGAAGGAGCUGGACUAUGGCGCGAUGACGGAGUCGGAGAAGCAGAUGCUCGUGUCGGAGGUGAACUUGCUGAGGGAGCUGCGGCACCCGAACAUCGUGCGCUACUACGAUCGCAUCAUUGACAGGAGCAGCACCACCCUGUACAUCGUCAUGGAGUACUGCGAUGGGGGAGACCUGGCCGGCUUGAUCGCCAAGUGCGCGAAAGAAAGGCAUUUUUUGGAUGAAAACUUUGUUCUCAGAGUGUUGACUCAAUUAACAUUGGCCUUGAAGGAGUGUCACAGACGGAGCGAUGGUGGAGUCACUGUGCACCGUGACCUGAAACCAGCAAAUGUCUUUCUAGAUGGCAAACAGAAUGUGAAACUUGGAGAUUUUGGACUGGCGAGGAUAUUACACCAUGACACCAAAUUUGCCACAACAUUUGUUGGCACUCCAUACUACAUGUCUCCUGAGCAAAUGAACUACAUGUCAUACAAUGAAAAAUCUGACAUCUGGUCACUGGGAUGUCUCGUGUAUGAAUUAUGUGCUCUUUCGCCUCCAUUUACGGCUUACAACCAAAAGGAGCUGGCAGAAAAGAUAAAGGAAGGAAGGUUCAGGCGAAUACCAUAUCGCUACUCAGAUGAGCUGAAUGACCUUCUCAAGGAGAUGCUGAAUGUAAAGGAUUACUGCCGACCUUCCGUUGAAGAUAUUCUGCAGCGCCCCUUGAUAGAAAAUGUGGUGACAGAAGAACUAAAACAUAAUUUUGAUAGAAAAGGCUUGAGACCACGGGAGCCAGAAAGGCCACAGUACUCAGAUGUUGCAGUGAAUGAGCUGAAACGGAAGGAGCAACAAUUACAGGAGCGAGAGCAAGCCAUUAAAGAGAGAGAACAACGUCUGGAGGAGAGAGAACGGGAGCUCUGUGUUCGGGAGAGACUGGCAGAGGACAAACUUUCUAGAGCUGAAAGCCUGCUGAAGAGGUACAAUCUCCAGAAGGAGCAGCGGGAGGUAACGUGUGCGGAAGGUCCAGAUAACGCACUCCUGCUUCCCCUUUCUACAACCAAGAAGAACUCACUCCUUGAUGGAAGUGAAGAGAAAGCUGUGUCUCCUCAUAAUAUGGAAAACUAUUUCCUUUCCAAAGGGAAAAGCUCUGAUCUCAAAAGUCGUCUAUAUGCUGCAAAUCUACGAGCUCAAGCACUGGCUGAACUGGAAAAAAACUAUCAACUAAAGAGCAGACAAAUCUUGGGCAUGCGUUGAAACUGUAACAGAUAUAUUUAUCUUUGAAAAGAAGAUUAAAUGUAUAGGCAGAUACUUGUGCCUCCCUCUCUUAAGCUAGAACCUACUGAAAAAUUAUUUUUACAGUUGUACAAACUCUUAGUUUAUGUUAGGUAGUUUAUGAUAAAUGCAUAAGAUGCUCUAUGAUGAAAAUAGG